GAACGGCAGUCGUUGUGAUGCUGUGGAACAGUCUCGUGGCAACAUCCAGUGAGCAUUGCAGGGCUUAAGCAUGGGGCUCUUUCCCACUCGAUUCCGCGGAGUAAUCUGUCUGCUUGCACUGACAACAAGUGUGCACGGAAUGUGGAUAUUUCCUGAUGCGUUGCAUCUGGAUUCGAGCGAUGUGCUAAACAAGAAUUGUGGAGAAUCACCGUACACAGACUGGCAUAAGCCAGAAGAUGCCAGGGAAUUCGAGAAUCCCUGGUUAGCAGUGUUUCGACACCCAGAAGAACAAGUACCAUUUUGUCAUGGAACGCUUAUUACCGAGCAGCAUGUGCUAACGACAGCCAUCUGUACAGAAGCAUUCACUAUCAACGAGACAAUCAUUGUCCUUGGUGAUUAUGAUCAAUCAGUAAACCCUGACUGUAAUUCUGCAGGAAUUUGCGCGUCAACAAUUGAAAGGGUAGUGAAGGAUGUCAUUAAGCAUCCAAAAUUUAUUGGCGAAUCAUACCAGUAUGAUAUUGCCAUAGUGUUGCUCCAGCGUCCAGUAAUCUAUAGAAACAAUAUCAAACCGAUAUGCAUACCGUUGAUCCCGAUCAUACCAUCGAGUGUCCAUCUGCCGAAAGUAUACAACGCACUAUGGACUGAUAGCAGCAGUCGACCGAAGCAAAUCAUGAUGGACUACAUCUCUCUAGAUCAGUGCCUGAACAAUCCAGAAGGUGUUCAUUUUAACACUAGCAAUGUAUUAAACAAGAAUUGUGGAGAAUCUUCGUACCCAUCUUGGGAGAAACCACCGGAUGUGCGUGUAAAUGAGCAUCCCUGGCUAGCAAUUUUCCGACACCCAGACGAACAAUUACCAUUCUGCCAUGGGACGCUAAUUACCGACAGGCAUGUACUUACGGCGGCCACCUGCACGGAAGGAAUAACGCUCAAUGAGACAAUUGUUGUACUUGGCGAAUAUGAUCAAUCAGUGAACACUGAAUGUGAUUCUGAAGGGAAUUGCGUUUCAAUUGUAGAGAGGGUGGUAAAAAAUAUUACGACACAUGCACAAUUCAAAGACGAAUCAUAUCAGUAUGACGUUGCAGUAGUGUUGCUCCAGCAGCCAGUGAGCUAUAGAAACAAUAUCAAACCAGUAUGCUUACCAUUGAUUCCGAUCAGUGAAACACGGAUCCACAAUGUUCUCUGGACUGAGGAUAGCCUUCGACCGAAGCAAAUUAUGAUGGACUUUUCACUGCCAUCCCAUGAGUGUAGCAAGCCCCAGAAUAAUUUGAUGGUGGACGAGCACCUAUUUUGCGCGAAAAUCCAGAAUCCUGACAUGGAUCGUAUCAACGAAGGCGGAGUCGGAUCACCACUGCUUGUACAAUAUCAAGAGCGAUAUUUUCAGUUAGGAAUAUUGCUCUUCGGAUUGUCCGAUGACGAUUACAAAAUAUCGCAUGUAUAUUUGAACGUUACUUCUCACAUUGCUUGGAUCGAGCAAACGGUUGUUCUGGGCAUAAAGUCUCAAUAA